AUGGCGCCCAUCCGUGAGAACGAUGACAGGAUGGGCAAUCUCAACGGCGAUUCUAGCUCUGAUGAUGCCGAGAACUUAUGGGCUGACAUUCUCAGUGAAGUGCAGUCAAGUUCUUCAUCAAAGUUACCCACAACUCGUACUGUUCUCGUCCUAGGUGACAAUGAGUCCGGCAAGACAACUCUCAUAGCCAAACUUCAGGGCGUCGAGGAACCCAAGAAAGGUUCUGGCCUGGAGUAUUAUUACAUUGAUGUCAAAGAUGAAUAUAGAGAUGAACAAGCAAGGCUGAAUGUCUGGGUGCUUGACGGGGACCCUCAUCACACGGGCCUGCUGAAGUAUGCCCUGAAGGAGGAGACAUUCAGCGACACCCUGGCCAUGCUGGUGGUUUCCAUGGCUCAGCCGUGGUCUGUCAUGGAGACACUCAACAAAUGGGUUGAGGUGCUUGCGGAGCAUAUCCACAAGUUGAGGAUCCCACCUGAUGUGAUGCGAGAAUAUGAGCAGAGCUUGGUUCGAGCCUUCCAAGCCUAUACCGAACCUGGAGAUGGACCUAUAGCCACGCAGGCUCCUCCACGGGGAGAGGUAAACCCACUACACCCACCAGCUAGUGGGUCAGAGGAGGAGAGCCAUUUACCAUUAGGAGAGCUCACACUGUCACGUAACCUGGGAAUUCCUAUUGUUGUAGUUGUAACCAAGAGUGAUGAAAUCUCCAUGUUGGAGAAAGAACACGACUUCAAAGAUGAACAUUUCGAUUUUAUUCAGCAGCACAUUCGGCGGUUUUGCUUAAAGUAUGGCGCUGCUAUGUUUUACACAUCUGUCAAGGAUGAAAGAAACUGUGAUUUAUUGUACAGAUACCUGGUUCACAGGAUAUAUGGUUUCCCCUUUACAUCUCCGGCACUGGUGGUUGACAAGGACUCUGUCUUCGUGCCGGCGGGAUGGGACAAUGAGAAGAAGAUUAGUAUUCUGCACGAGAACAUGACAACCAUGAAGCCGGAUGACCCGUUUGAGGAGGUCAUCACAAAGCCUGCAACCAGAAAGGUGGUACAGCGAGAUGCAGAAAUUGUGGCCGAGGAUGAACAAGCCUUUCUGGCCAAAAUGCAGGCACAACUUUCCAAACAGCCUGCCCCAGGCAGUGCACCCACACCACAAGCUGGAACCACAGAGGGAAUGUUGGCCAACUUUUUCAACAGUUUACUUAGCAAAACACCUGGCCAGCCAGGACCAAAUAAAGCAGCGGUGACACGAGACGCUGCAGCAGAACUUGAACGCAUGACCCGGGGGAAGAAAUCUUUGGGCGAGACAAAUAACACAUCCACAGACUCUCAAGGGCCCUCGUCCUGA